CGGGUCCAAACUCCGAACGCUCCGGGAGCUGCGGCCGGGGGGCCUGGGGACAGUCCGGGUGAACAGCAGCGCGCUCCGAGAUGCGGCUGGACGGGUUUCGCGCGCGGCUGAGCGCCGUGGUCUGUGGGCUCCUGCUUCCCCUAGUCCUGGGCCAGGGCCAGGACUCUGCUAGCCCCAUCCGGACCACACACACGGGGCAGGUGCGAGGGAGCCUCGUCCAUGUGCAAGGCACCGAUGUGGGAGUCCACACCUUCCUGGGAAUCCCUUUUGCCAAGCCGCCUCUAGGGCCACUACGAUUUGCACCCCCUGAGCCCCCUGAGCCUUGGAGUGGUGUAAAGGAUGGGACCUCCCACCCAGCCAUGUGUGUGCAGAACAUCACUACCGCAAAUGCAGUGGCUCUGAAAUUGCUGAAUAUGACCCUGCCUCUCACCUCCAUGUCCGAGGACUGCUUAUACCUUAGCAUCUAUACACCUGCCCACGCCAGUGAAGGCUCCAAUCUGCCUGUGUUGGUGUGGAUCCACGGUGGUUCGCUUAUGAUAGGCAUGGCUUCCAUGUAUGAUGCCUCUGCACUGGUAGCCUUUGAGGACUUGGUGGUUGUCAUUAUCCAGUACCGCCUGGGUGUGCUGGGCUUCUUCAGCACUGGAGACAAGCAUGCAACUGGCAAUUGGGGCUACCUGGAUCAAGUGGCCGCGCUACGCUGGAUCCAGCAAAAUAUUGCCUAUUUUGGAGGAGACCCUGGCCGUGUCACCAUUUUUGGGGAGUCCGCAGGUGGCAUAAGCGUGUCCUCACAUGUUGUGUCCCCCAUGUCCCAAGGACUCUUCCAUCGUGCCAUCAUGCAGAGUGGUGUAGCCCUGUUACCCGGCCUCACUGUCAGCUCCUCUGAUGAGGUCUCCAUGAGGGUGGCCAAGCUGUCUGGGUGUGGCCAGGUUGACUCAGAGGCCCUGGUGGGCUGCCUGAGAAGCAAGAGCGAGGAGGAGAUUCUGGCCAUCAGCAAGCACUUCAAGUUCAUCCCUGCUGUGGUGGAUGGGACCUUCCUGCCCAGAGACCCCCAGGAGCUGCUGGCCUUUGCUGACUUUCAACCUGUCCCCAGCAUCAUUGGUGUCAACAACAAUGAGUUCGGUUGGCUCCUCCCCUUGACCCUGAACAUCUCUGACCCCGAGAAGGAAAUGGACAAAGAGAUGAUGAAGGCUGCUCUGCAGAAAAUGUCAGCAUUGUUGAUAUUGCCUCCUGAGGUAGGUGACCUGUUGAUAGAGGAGUACCUAGAGGACAGCGCGGAUCCACAGACCAUCAAAGUCCAGUUCCAUGAGAUGAUGGGGGACACCAUCUUCGUGAUCCCAGCACUCCAAGUAGCCAAUUUUCAGCGUUCUCAUGCCCCUGUCUACUUCUAUGAGUUCCAACAUCGGCCCAGCUUCUUCAAGGACAUCAAGCUGCCCCACGUGAGGGCAGACCAUGGUGACGAGUUACUCUUCGUCUUUGGAACCAUCUCCUGGAGAGGCUAUGUUAAAGUCACUGAGGAAGAAAAGCUGUUGAGCAGGAAGAUCAUGAAGUACUGGGCUAACUUUGCUCGAAAUGGGAACCCUAAUGGCAAGGAUCUGCCCCUCUGGCCUGUGUUCGACCAGGAAGAGCAGUACCUGCAGCUGAACACGCAGCCUGCAGUGAGUCGGGCCCUGAAGUCUCACAGGCUUCAGUUCUGGACGAAGACCCUACCCCAGAAGAUGCAGGAGCUGAUGGAGGCGGAGAAGAAGCACACAGAGCUGUAGCUCCCUGCGUCUGGGGGUGAGGGGCCAGGGGGCUGGGCUUGAGGGCAGGUGAGGGUCUGCCGAAUAUGCCCCCCCACCCACUGAGGAACCAGGGGCUUUUCCCUCAGUCACACAGUCUUUCAUUCAUUCUGCCAGCCAGCCAGCCAGCCAGCCAGCCAGCAUUCAUUAAGAACCUACUGCAUUGGGGUCCCCGGGUGGCUCAGCGGUUUAGCGCCGCCUUCAGCCCAGGGCGUGAUCCUGGAGUCCCGGAUCAGGUCCCACAUGGGGCUCCUGCAUGGAGCCUGCUUCUCCCUCUGCCUGUGUCUCUGCCUCUGUCUCUCUCUCUCUCAUGAAUAAAUAAAAUCUUAA